AUGGGUUUCCUACUGAGCAGUCUGGAUGCUAGGGUCGUACUGACCAACGAUCAAGUCUACAAGUCUCUGUCCCGAACGUCCGCAGGAGAUAUUGCUCCUCUACCCGGUUGGCCACAAAAUCUCGUGUGGAUUAAUACUGAUCACCAUGGCGGUAGCGGCGGUGGUAAUUCCAGGAAGGUUCCCAAGGAUUGGAGUCUUCCUGAGCGCCUUCCUCCCGAGGAGACUAUCUACAUUGAGGUGUGA